AUGAAUCCUGUGUAUGACCCUGUUGUUCAACUAUUAGGAACGCCAUUUCGGCGUUGGACAACUAAUGACAAAAAUGAAUUGCUAAAGCUUGGUAAACCGAUUCCCCAGUUGUGUUGUCAAUCAAGAGAUAAGAAAGGUGGUAAAAUGUAUAGUAGAGCGUUUAAUCCUAAAUGGUACGAUAUGCAUACUUGGCUUUGUGGAAGCCAAUAUAAACAGGCAUUGUAUUGUUGGCCGUGUUUACUUUUAAGUAUGACAAAAUCUGUUUGGACUACAACGGGUUAUGCCGAUUUAAAAAAUUUAUCACGCAGUGUUAAACUUCAUGAAUCUGCUAGAGAACAUAUUCAUUGUAUGGUAGGAUUAAAACAUCUUGAAAAUAAUAGAGUAACUAUUGUAGACGCUUUGACUGAACAUGGUUAUUUGUUUAAAAAAAAAUAUAACGAAAAUGUUCGGCUUAACCGACUUUUUAUGGAACAUCUAAUUGAUAUUGUGUUAUUUUUGGGUAGACAGGAACUGGCCUUUCGAGGUCAUAACGAAAGUUCAAGUUCCUUGAAUAAAGGAAAUUUUAAAGAACUUUUUGAUAUGCACAUUAUUAGGUGUUCAUUGGAGAUUCAAAACCAUUAUAAAGCGAUAAAAAAUAUAUUUUCAGGAUUGUCAAAUACAAUACAAAAUGAUUUGAUAACAUGUAUUUCAGAUCACAUAAAAAAUAUGGUAAGAACUGAAAUCAAGGAGUGUAUGUUUUAUUCUGUCCAAGUUGAUGAUACGACAGAUAUUUCGCAAAAGAACACAAUGUUCAAUUAUACUAAGAUAUAUGACAAAUAA